ACCAAACCAGCCUUCCCCUCCCACUCUCACUCCCCCACUUCCUGCUCUUCCUCCCCUGAACAAAUCCGACUGUGCAGAUGUUACGUUACCUGCCUAUGUGUCAACGGCAUCUAUUUAGAGAAAGUAAGACCAGAAGCAUCGCUGAGGCAACAAAAGUUGGUGAUUCAUUCAGAUAAGUGGAACAGACAACAGACUACAGAAAAACAAGAACUUCCGCCUCUUCAAUGACAAACACUCCUCGUUCUGUUUGUGGGAAUUCACUGUCGAUUUGCAGAUCUUAAACUACGUCUAACAACUGAACACUCAACUUUUGUCAAGUAGACGACUUCCCCUCAGGUUCAGGUGGAUUACGGUGAAGAAGAAACACAAACAUGGAUGAUGUAUUUGAUUUUGAAGGUAGCUGUAUGGACUACAGACAGUCUACCAUUUCUUCCCACCUAAAGAAGGAACUCAUAAAGAGUUUGACUUCUUUCAUGCAGCUCUACAAUCAACGUAAAGAUCGUCUUAAAAGACCUUCAGACAGCCUCAUGCUGGCGGCUGCUCAAGUGCAGAAGGAAGCUUCUUCGAAUGAGAUGCGUCGAAGUUUGUUCAGAUUUUCUGGGGGAGUUCUUGGUGCAGUUUUUGGGGGUGUUGUUGGUGGAGCUGGGGGGGCAUUAGGGGCAGUUGGUGCAGCAACUUAUAGCACACUUUGUGGAGAAAUUAAUGCAGUCGGUGCAACUGUCGGCUUUCUCAGCAGCAUACUUGGAGGUGUAGCUGGAGGAGUGUUUUCUGGUUGUGUUGGAGGUGGUGUCAGUGCUGCAGCUGGAGCGUCAGGGAGUUCAUUUCAUGGUGUAGUGAGCAACGUAGUAUGGUUCAUCAUUGGUUUUACAACUGGUGGUGCAAUCGGUGGUACUUUUGGAGGGAGAGUUGGUGCAGCAGGUGGUGCAAUAGGCGGUGGAUUUGGUGCCUUGCAUGGCACAAGAAUUGCAGUUUAUUUAGUUGGGGGCGCCUCUGUCAGUUUCCGAGGAGGAGAAAGAAAGAAGGAAGAAAGGAUGACAAAGAGAGUGAACAUGAUACAACAAACUGGAGACAAUUUCAGUGAAACUAUCAAACCGCUGGUGGAGGAGCUGAAAACCAUCAAAGCCAUCAGUGAUGAAAUAACCUCACGUGCUGAUGUGCAAAGUGUUUCAGAACAAACUGCAAAGACUCUGGCUGCUGUGACCGCGAUGGAGAAAACCAUCAGUGACUCUCAAAGAGCCACAGAUUUACCUGAGUUUGCUUCCAGCAUUGAAGAAGCAGCAAGACAAAGCAGAGAAAUCACUGAGGAACUGAUGAAGACAAACACAGAGGUUAAAAAACUUUUGGUUUCACUGAGGAAACACUGAAACAAGUCAUUACACAAGAGCAAUAAACCAAGAACCAUACAAAAUUGAACAGGCCUGUUGAAGAGAUAAACUCAGAGAUGAACUGCAGAAAAUCAGAGAUAAUUUCACUAUGUUUUCUUUCAACUUUAACAAUUAGAGAAGACCACGUUUCCCAAUUUCUAGUAGUUUCUUAUUGUAUCUGAUUUAUCUUUUUAAAUUCCCUCCCUGCCUGUGUAUUCUGGUGUGUUUCAUGUUGUAACUUUCUGACAUGCAUUGCAGAUGAUGUUGAAAAUAAACAGAGAUUGUCAUUUUGAUCAUUAUUAUAAAAAUGAGAUUAAAACCUUAGAGAGUUUAA